AUGUUUCGUAUCUUGAUCGGCUUGUGCCUCUUCGGAUUAUCACUGGCUGGCACCCUUUUUCAGAGCGGUGUGCCCAUGCCCGAUGGUCGCAUUGUGGGUGGUCAGGAUGCGGACAUACGUAGCUAUCCGCAUCAAAUAUCCAUGAGGUACAGGGGAAAUCAUAGAUGCGGAGGCUCAAUAAUUGCCAGCAACAUCAUUGUAUCCGCUGCUCAUUGCGUGAAUACGCUGUCAGGUGUGGCUGAUCUGACGAUCAUAGCUGGUACCACCCAAACAAUCUGGCCAGAAGGCCAGGAGUUGGCGGUACGCGAAAUUAUCAUACACGAGAAGUACAAGUCCCUGUAUCAGGACUAUGACGCCGCCGUUCUAGUGUUGGAUGGCGAUUUCGAGUUCAAUGAAUCUGUGCAUCCCAUCGAACUGGCCAAGGAGCGUCCGGAGCAUGGCACGCCCGUCAUUGUAACCGGCUGGGGCACGACCAGUGAAGGCGGUGUUAUAUCCAACAUACUGCAGCAAGUGGAAGUCAAUUUGGUUGAGAACGCUCAAUGUAAGAGCUCGUAUUCCAUUAUGCUAACCGGUCGCAUGCUGUGCGCCGGCGUCGAUGGCGGCGGCAAGGAUGCCUGUCAGGGCGACUCGGGCGGUCCGCUAAUCUACAACAAUGAGCUGUUGGGCAUUGUUUCGUGGGGCACAGGCUGUGCGCGUGCCAAAUAUCCUGGCGUUUAUGCUGCCGUGCCCGAAUUGCGCGAAUGGAUACUGGCUACUCGUAAUUCCAAGGCCAAUGUGGGUAGUAUUGAUUUUCUAUAAAUGGUCAACUCUGGCAUAAUCUAAGAACUUGUAAAUAUAAUAAACUGACUGUGAUCUAAU